ACCAGUGAAUGCUAGUAUUGCAGAUCCAUAUCCAACAAUUUUUGAAGAGACGUAUGAUGGAAUUAAUAAAUUAGAUUUCUUAAUAUUUGGUGAUUGGGGAUAUCAAGGAUCUGACUCUAGGCAAUCAGUUGUUGCAUCAGCUAUGAAAACCUGGGCAGAUAAUAAUAAUACUACGUUCAUUCUUUCUCUUGGUGAUAACUUUUAUACAAGUAAUUCGACAGACCACGAAGGAGUUGAUUCAAUUUAUGAUCCUAAAUGGAAAACUAGUUGGCUUGAUGUUUAUGGUGGUAAAUUAAAAGAAGUUGUUUGGUAUACAGUUGCGGGAAAUCAUGAUUGGUAUACAAACGUAACAGCAGAAGUUGACUACUUUUGGGAUGUAGACCAAAGAUUUUUCCUUCCAUCACUUUAUUACGUACGUACUUUAACGUUCGGAUCUAAAAAAAUUAAAGUAUCCUUCAUUCACAUCGACACCGAUCCUCUAUAUUACCCUUAUGAUAACCUAACGAAUAUUGAUAACUUAAAAGCGACUUUGUUAGAGUUAGGUUUAAACACACCUGAAGCAAUUGAAUUAAAGAUAAACUGGAUUGAACAACAACUUAUAAAAGUUCAAGACUCUAAAUGGAUUUUUGUUGUAGGUCAUCAUCCUUUAAUAUUAGGAAAUUGUUCAUCAAUUUAUUAUAUGUAUAGAUUACCCCUACUUUUCGAAAAAUAUAACGUGUCAGCAUAUUUUGCGGGUCACGUUCAUAAACUUGAAUAUCUAAAAAUUAAUUCGACUUCACAUGUUGCAUAUUUUACUACCGGUGCGGGUAGUAAAACGCAAUUCGAGGGUUGUGAUGGUCCUAGUUGGUUCAUGCCAGGUGGCGGUGAUGAAGGGACCAGGGGAUUUUUACAUGUUUGGAUUCAAGAAGAUGGAGAGAAGAUGGGGUUUGAGUUUAUUAAUUCUACUACUGCUGAUAAACAGCCUGUUUCUGUUUAUCAAGGGUCUCUUAACACUCGUAAAAUAGUAGGCGAUUCUAACAAUUCUAUCACAAAUACUCCAUCUGGAACUCUUUUGAUUAUUGCAGCUGUUCUAAUAUUUUGUAAUAUUUUUAACAUCAUGCUUUAA